GCGCGGGCUGAUGAUGAGCGCCGCCUGGUCUCCUCCUCGCUUUCUCGUCAGCGUGCAAGUGGCUCAAACGGGGAUUCCCGGUGAUUAAUUCAAGAUGCCUGGGGGUUCCACGGUCUCAUUCAAUGGCAUGAACUCAUGCCUCUCUUCUCUGAAAACCUGCCAGUCGUACAUAAGCUCCGGAAUGGAUAUCACUACAAAAGUCGCUCUUGACCUUGUGGAAAAUCAUAAUGACAUGGAGGAAGUGGACGAAAUGGAAAAGGUGAUGCUGGAAUUUGCAGCCAUGAGCAGAGAAGUCAACCAUUAUAUGCAAGCAGUGGAAGAUACUGUAAAUCAGAUCAAGCGAGAGAAACCAGAAACUGUCCCAGAUUUGAAAGAUUUAGUCCAGGAGAAGUUUACAGCCCUGGAGAGAACAAACAGUGACCUUGAGCUGAACAGCAAUGAAAAAUUUGCCCUUUUUAAGGAGCAGCUGAAGCAGAUGAAGACGCAGU